CUCCGCCUCCCUACGCCGAUUCGCCCCUCGCGCCGCGUCUCUCUCGCUGCGUCCUUCCGUAGUCUCCUCCCGCAAUCAACGCGUUCUCGCCUCACCAUGUCGAUCUAGCCCCGUAUCUCCAUGGAAGGUGUGACCUCUGCACCCAACUCUCCAGGGAAGGCGCGGUCUACUCUCCAUGGCCUCCCGCAAUCAGCGGUCUCUUGCCCCACCGCGACGACCUUGCCCUGGCUCCCCAUGGAAGGUCGUGGAAGGUGCGACCGAGCCCCAGCUCAACAUGGAAGGCGCCAUCCACUCUCCUCGCCCCAUCAUCGGCAUCCACUAUCCAUCGAAGAGUCCCGCCUUCCCAGUCCCCCUUCCCCACAGAUGGCCGGUGAACCCAUCGCCACCGUGCCAUCGAGGCCUGAAUCCGUGGCCGAGGCCGACCGCCUCCUGGCGCUGGCCGAGUCGGAGCUCUCCAUGGGCAGGCACGCCCUUCGCGCGCAGGUACGCCCUCCGCGCCGCCCGCCUGUACCCGACCUCCCCGCGCGCCCCAGUGGUGGCCACCGCCGCCAACGUGCUCCUCGCCGACGCCUCCUCCCACCACGCCGCGCUGCUGCUGCCCGAGCCUGACGACCCCGACGCCUCGCCGCUCUCCGUCUCCGAGCUCUGCCGCCACUUCAAGUCGCUCAUCAAGUCCCUCCGCGUCGGCCUCGACGCCACCACCGCAGCCGCCUACCCCUCCGUUGCUGCCGCCGCCGAGGAGGCACUCGGCCGCGCCACCAAGGCCUACGAGGCGCUCACCGCUCCUGCCCCUGGGACCUUCUGGACCGCCUGUGCCGGGUGCCGCCGCCUCCACGAGUUCGAGCGCAAGUAUGUGGGAUACUGAGUGCGAUUAAGGUUCAUCAAGUGAAAUUUAGAUACUGAGUGUGAUAUCGGUUUCAGCUCUGGAAAUUGCUGAUCAAUUAAUUAUGGGGGGAAGCGUCUCUACUUCCUUCUCGGUUGGUCAAGGUAUCCCCUUCCUGUGUCCUCUCUCCUCUGUAUAGAUGGCGAAUUUGUGGAGUCCGAAUAAUCUGAAUGUUCUCGCAUUCUUUACAUAAUCCCUUGCCAAUUUAUGGCAAGUUUUAUUUGCUCCAUUUGUUUUAUGGUAUGAUGAUCUGGAUCUGAUGAGUCCAUUCAAAUUCUUUUGCCGAGCCGACAUCCCUCUUUUUCUACUGUUUGUUUGUGCAUCGGAAUUGCUGGAUCUAUACCAAAAUCUGAAAAGUGUAGGCCAUACAGAGAAUUAAGAAGUUGUCUUGACCUCACUGGACCCAGAGACUACUCAUCACCAGAGGAAAUGGU